AUCUACAGUUCGACGAUCUUUGUUGAUUUGAGGGCUUUGUAGCGACAAUGUCGAGCCCGUCGUUACCCAGGAAGAAUGGCCGGAAGGUUGGAAGCGGGCAGAACAUCAGGGUGUUCGUCAGAGUUAGGCCUAUGAAUUCUACAGAGAAAAACAGUAAAUCCUUUGGUAUUGUUGAGUGUCAAAACAGCAAAGAAGUAAUUAUUCGUGAAAGAGUAGCAGACAAAUUUGCAAAGACCUUCACUUUUGACAGAGUUUUUGGCCCAGAAUCAAAACAGGUUGAUGUGUAUAAAUCUGUUGCAAAGAACUGUGUUGAAGAAGUUCUCAGUGGUUUCAACUGCACAAUCUUUGCAUAUGGCCAAACAGGGACCGGAAAGACCUUCACGAUGGAGGGAGAACGUACUCCUGAUAAUGUGUCAUGGGAUGAGGACCCUUUGGCAGGAAUCAUACCACGCUGUGUCACCCACUUGUUUGAUGAAUUGCGAAUGCAGAAAUUGGAGUUCACUAUGAGGGUCUCGUUUCUUGAGCUCUACAAUGAGGAACUGUUUGAUCUAUUGUCUGCUCAUGAUGAUAUGUCUAAACUCAGGUUGUAUGAGGAUGCUUCACGAAAAGGUUCUUGCAUUAUUCAGGGGUUGGAAGAGGUUCUGGUGCGUUCUAAAUCAGAUGUAUACAGUGUUUUGGAGAAAGGUUCAGCCAAGCGUCAAACUGCAUGUACACUUAUGAAUGCACAUUCCAGUCGUUCUCACACUGUGUUUACAGUUACCAUACACAUAAAAGAAAAUACAUUAGAUGGAGAUGAACUUCUCAAGACUGGUAAACUACACUUGGUUGACUUGGCUGGGUCAGAAAAUAUUGGUCGUUCAGGUGCCGUUGACAAGCGGGCUCGUGAAGCGGGCAACAUAAACAUGUCUCUUCUGACACUGGGCCGAGUUAUCACUGCACUAGUUGAAAAGGGUCCUCAUGUUCCAUACAGAGAAUCUAAAUUAACUCGACUUUUACAAGAUGCUCUUGGUGGACGAACAAAGACUUCGGUUAUUGCAACAAUUUCUCCAGCCUCCAUUAACUUGGAAGAAACACUCUCUACAUUAGAUUAUGCUCACAGAGCUAAGAACAUCCAGAACAAGCCAGAAGUCAACCAGAAACUGAAUAAGAAAGAACUCAUUGGGGAGUAUUCGGAAGAAAUUGAACGCUUGCGUCGUGAUCUGAUGGCCAUGCGUGAAAAGAACGGGGUAUAUUUAGCUCAUGAAAACUAUCAGGAUAUGGUCAACACGAUGGAAUUGCAGACUCAAGAGAUAACCGAGAAGAUUAGUCAUAUUCGAGCAUUGGAGGAAGAAAUUGAAAAGACAACGGAAAUGUUUAAAGAUAUGAAUCGUCAGUUGGAGUGUACUAGCGAGGAGCUCAACGAGACAAAGACCAAGCUUAAUACUACAAAAAAUACCCUUGUUUGCACUCAGAAGCUAUUACAUGACACGGCUCAGGAGCGUGAAGAGCAAAAGUUCCUUGUUACUGCUCAUGAAAAAACUGAAGAACUACUUAGAAAGCAAGGUCAAACUCUGGUAAAUGUGGCUGGCACUACCACAACAGACUUAUCCAAGCUGCAUGACAAGCUAGAACGAAAAAGACGAGUUGAAACUAGAAAUAAAGACACAUGUGAAGAGUUCCAGCAGACAUACAUAAAUUGCGUAGAAGCAAUGCGAGCAGAUCUGGCCUCCACCGUUAGCCAGCAGAGUGAUGCUGUUCACAAUAUUGCUUCCCAGUUUGGUAAUUGUGUCAAACAAUGCAGAAAGGAGGUGUCAGAAAUAAGCAGCCAGUUGACAACCCUUGGGGAGAAUCAGGCAUCUCUUGUCAAUACUUUCCUGACUCUGUACAAAAACAAGGUUGAAGCACAAGUGGCAUCUUCCCGAGCAAUGAAUGAUCGUGUGUGUGAAGACUGUGAUCAGCAAAAGUCAUCUCUUCACACUUUCCAGAAAAAUGAAGCCCUGCCCAUCUUGGAUAAAUUAGCCUCAUUAAUAUCAUCCCACGCCACUACUAUCCAUAAUCUUCAUUCUGUACUAAACAGCAAGUUAUCUGCCAUGGAUGAAGGAUGUGAAAGUUUUCAUCAACAACAAUCCAAACUUGUUGGCAAGUUGGAAAAAGAGAUGACUGACCAUGUGGAAGACCACACCAACCGCAUCACCACCUGCCUUGAUACUGUGACUAAUUUAUUAGCAUCUACAGAAGCUCAUUCACAGCGCAUGUCUUCUACUAUUGACACAUUAGCAACGACUUUGGCAGAUGUACAACGUGAUGUUCAGACAUUCGCUGUCACGAGCAAUAAUGGAUUGACAGAUAUACGCUCAAACCUGAACUUGGCACAUGAAAACACACAGGCCACCAAUAGCACCAUGAAAACACUGGUUAAGAACAUUGACAGCGAGUGUGCGAGUCAUGCAUCGACUACACACAGUCUUAAGAGUGAGUUGCAAGUCGCCAUGGAACUACUACUCAACCAGCUGGAAAGUGAUGUUCAGCACUUGGGAGAGGAACGCUGUAGUUUGGAGUCUACAGUGGAGCAGUUUACUACAAGGACUUACCAGGCCGUAGUUGGUACACAGACAGCGGUGCAAAACCACAGUCAUGAAAUGGAAGUCAUGGCAACAGAUGAUAUUAGAAAUACUACAGUGAAAGUGGAGACAGCAGCAGUGAAACUGUUAAAGGAGGUGGAGACCAAGAAUAAAGCCUUAGAGGCUGAGAUAUUGAGAUUAGAAGCAGAGAGUGCUCGUGUUAAUAAUGAAUGUCGGAUGAAUGUGAGCAACUUCAAGACAUGGUCGAGCAAACAUGAUGAUGAACUCGGUGCAAGAAAAGAACAAGUUUUGGAAUUGUUCUCUGAGAAGAUGGCCAAAGAUAUGCCAACAGGUGAAACUCCGGUGCGUCAGCAAUAUACAUUUCCAUCGAUCCUGUCUUGCACAUCUCCUCACGAAAGACUACUUCAGAGAUAUCGGUCUGGCACUGUGUCAACACUUUCAAGGAUUCCGCUUCCAAAUUUAGGAGAUGAUGUCGAGGAUGACAACACGAGUUCAUCAUCAGCGGAGACCUCACAUGUGUCAUCUGAAUUUUUAGAUGAUGAGUUAGAAGGACGAGCACGAUCAGGUUCUAUUUCUUCCACUAAGAAUGAUUCCAAGGUGUUCCUCGUCCCCAAUCCUCGUAUGCAGCGGGAAGAUUCCGGCAAUUCUCUCUCUCGCUCCUCCUCGGCAUCAUCUCUCAAUGAUUACAAGGAGAACAAAGAAAACGGAAAGGGGAUGCGCCAUGGAAAUUCCAGCAUGAAAAAGCGCGAACUGAAGGUACCCAGUCUAUAUUCAAGUACCAGCCUAGAGAAGCUAGCCAACUUAGAUACACAGAUGCGUUCCAGAAAAAUACUGGGCUCACAAAACUGAUACUAAUUAAUUUUAAUCAUACUUCUUAGCAACUCUGUUUUAUUUGUGAUCUUUAUUUUUUAGUUAUGUAAAUGUUAAAGCUGGCACUAAGAAAUCCAGAGUAUGUGCAACUCUGAUGUGACGAGGAUUAUGCAAUGUCUGAUCCUGUUUCAGUGGGAAAAACUACGUUAAUUGAGCCAGAUUCAAAUUUUCUUCUUACAGAUGUAUAUUCUGUAUUAGUUUUCAAGUUAAUAGAUUUCAGAUUUUGCAACAUUUUGUUACACAUUGUAGAUGUAAAGGAUAGUUAAGUGGGCAGUGUAAUGAGUGAUCAGGUCUGUAAAGCCUCUGUAAUAGUGAAGGUUGAUGAAAGGUUUCAGUCAUCUCUUAAUAUACUCUCCACCAUAUACUCAAAAUAAAGAACAGGACAAAUUUGUAAGAAUAUUAGUCGCAUUGCAUGCUUGUGUUAGGUUUGUAAGUUUCACAUUUAAUAAAAGAAUUUAUGGAGAAAA